CUUAUGAUAAUAUUCAAGAUGGCAUAACACUUUGUCGGUGACUCUUGUCCUCUCCGACUUUGUGCCCAUUAAACGUCAUUUUUACGUCAGACUCAGAUUGUCAAGUGUGGAGACAAGAUGGCCACAGGAAGCAGUCUGGUUGUUCCCAUGGUGCUAUGGGGGCGCCGUGCUCCGACACAUUGCAUCUCUACCAUUCUCAUGACUCCUGAUGGGAAGUUCAUUGUUACUGGCUGUAAUGAUGGACAGAUUUGUGUUUGGGAUGUUCUAGAGCAUUUUCAGGUUGCUCCGAGACAUAUGUUGUUUGGCCAUACGGCUGCCAUCAGUUGUUUGGCUGUUGGAAGUGAACAUAAAGAGAGGCGUUACGUUGUCAGCUCUUCAGAAAAUGGAGAAAUGUGCCUGUGGGAUGUAAGUGAUGGUCGCUGUGUGGAGAACACAAAGACUGAUAAAGUACACUCAGACAUAGUGGCAUUUCACCUGAAGUCGUCCAAAGCUUUACGUCUGAUCUGUAAUGGUUACUAUGAUGAGGUGGUCAUCAUUGAUCCUCUGAACCUGGAGAUUGUUUACUCCCUGGUGGCCCGGGUGGAGUCAGAUUGGGUCAGCGCAUGUUGCGUUCUCUCCCCUCCAAGCAGAGAUGAUGAUGUGAUUUUGGCCAUCACUAACUCAGGCAGUGUCAAAGUUUGGACCUUGUCAAUGCCAGAAAGCAAGGGCAACAAAGUGCCAGAGGAUGAGUCCAAGCAGAUCCGCUGUCUCAAUGCACAAACUCUGAAGUGUUGUCCUGGCAACCUUAGGACGGUGCUGAUUGUUUGUAGCAAGUAUUGGCAGGUUUAUAGUUUUAGGAGCCGCUCACGGGCCGACACUCAGGACGUGAUCUACGAUGCCAGUGAUUUCACACUUCUGUGUUCUGAGUCUAAUCGUCGAGGAGAGAGAUGGACGGGCGGAGAUUUCCUCAGUGUUGACCGAGUCAUUGUAUGGAGCAAUGAGGGACGGGGCUAUCUCUACAAACUGCCCACCAAAUUGUUGAAACUACCCAGUUUAACAAAAAGAACUUGGCUUACCAAGUGGAAAGUACCUGAGGGUUCAUUAGCCAAGAGCUUGCUCCGAGGGAAAGCAGUGGCCAGAGCCAAGCAAAAAUUAAAAUCUCGUCAGUGUCUCUCCAACCCAGACCACAAGGAUUACCACCGAGCUUACAGCCAGACCUCAGUCCAUGCUUACUACGUGCUGGAUAUCUUCACAGAGCAUGGCCCCCUGGACUGUUCUCCGGCCUUGACCUACAUGAGCUGUGGCGUUGGGGAGAGAGCCACUCACCUGAUGCUGAGGGGAGACUCGGAUGGUAGAGUGACUGUGUGGGCGUUACCCCAAGUGUCGGAGAAACAGAUGACCUUGGUUAGGCAGGAGAGUUUUGACAGGCUGCCAGCCCUGAGCCCAAAGUCGAGCACCACCUUACAGGAUUCCUGGAAAGUCAUGUCAUCAUCUCCGCCAGGAAUUCUAGAUGGAAUAUGUGAAAAAGCAGAUGAGCAAAGGGAGCUGAAAGACAGCAACACAGAAAUCUUCAUCACCGCCACCAUCUAUAUUCCGUCUCAAGGGAAAAUUGUGUGCGGCCGCAACAACGGCACGAUUGUGAUUGUGCCAGGGAUAGAUUGUAUCAAGAGUCAGCUGUUGUCGGGGCAAAGUUCUGCUCCCUCCCCUAAGAUCCUGUAUGGCCACCACGGGCGCGUAACCUGCCUCCUAUACCCUUUCAACGAGUCCACACGCUAUGAGCCCCACCACCUGCUGUCCGGAGGCUCUGACUUCUCAGUGGUUCUGUGGGACGUCAAUGGAGGUGUCAAGAUUCACACCUUCACCGUGCAUGGGGGGAGUCUGAGUCACAUGACAGUACCUCCUGCUAACUGCAAUCCACGUAUCCUGUCGUGCAUCUGUUCUGUGGCCGGGGAUCAUUCAGUAGCUCUCUUGAGUCUGAAGGAGCGGAAGUGUCUGCUGCUGGCCUCACGGCACCUGUAUCCGGUCAAACUGAUCAAGUGGCGACCCCUGGACGACUUUAUGCUGGUACAGACCAAGGAUGGGGUGGUCACCGUCUGGCAGAUGGAGACAGGUCACCUGGACAGAGUGAUCGAUGGAAAAACUGCAGAGGACGUACUCAGUAACUGCGAUGAAAACGCGACUCCUGUGGAAGCCCUGACAAACCCCAGCAUCACGCUAGCGCAGGCACUCAAACGGAGAAAUCUGGCAACAUUCCGUAACCUGGCACAGCAAAAACUUCAGAUGGGUGGCCACGCCAACCAGCCCAGCCCUGGCCACAAGUCCGAACUGGUCAAACCUACAGGAUUCCCUCUCCUCAUUCAAGGCAUCAAAACCAACACCAGAGACCCAGAUGCUCAUGUGCUCUUCUUUGACACAGAAGCUUUGAUAGUUCAUCUCCUCACGGAGGAGUACGCCCUUCUGUCGCCGGCUGAGCUGGAGGCUCGGGGCAUGAACGUCCCGGAGAAGGCAUUGUCGGCACAGAGUGACUUGAGUGAGGCUCAGCAGAAACUGUCAGCUGCUGGCUUUGAGGCUUUAGACAGGGUGUCUUCCUUUGAGAUUGUUAACCCUCAUGAGUUGUCUGGGGGUUACUGUGAUGAGGUUUUUGAGGAAGAACAAGAUGUGGACGGGGGAUAUUAUGGCCUGCCUCCACAAGCAUAUCAGGCUUCUGUCAAAAAGCACAAAGGUCCAUCCCUGACUCGUAGAGGGUUGAGCUUGGAUUCUGGAAAAUUUUACUCCUCCCCCCUCCCCUCCCCAGUAAAGUCCUACUUUAGCCCCCCUCAGAGUGCACCUGUAAGGACCCAGCACCAAGUCCUAAAUAGGUCCCAGUCCAGCUCAAAGUUUUCCCCCUUCCGACCGUUUGCCUCAUCCAAGUUGUUCAAGAAGUCGGGCUUCAAGAAACAGCUCUCCCUCCAGCACGACAACCCCCAGCCUCCCCCCCGCACCAAGCCGCAGUUCCGUCGAGCACCUAGUGCACCGGGCGUCCUGAGUGAAGCCAAAACCCUCCCACUGCACGCCAAACACACAUCCUCCUACACCACCACCAAGAGUUCCGUCACAUUUGCGUUAGAGAAUAGGUCACCAUCCCCAAAUGAAGGUGUUCCAGUGUUGGAUGUCAGUGGACAGGGAUAUGAUUCUGGUGGUUUCUUGGCCAAGGCCAAAGAGAAAGCAGAAACUGUGGGCCAGAAAAUCCAGUCUAAGAUGGAAGCUGUGAGCAGCUCUGGGAGCUCAAACUCUGCACCCAUCCAAACCCAGCCUGCCAGCAGUCGAGCAAGCAAAAGGCCCGACUAUAUCAGCAUACAGGAAUCUCUGAGCAUGGCCAUCGGGGAGCUGUUCAUGUCCUGUCUACAUGCCUGGGGUUUGGAUCCCCAGCUGGAUGACCUGUGCGUGGGCAAGCUGGGUCUCCACAAACCCCGCUGCCCCAUCAGCUUCGGCCUCCUGUCACACGGGGGUCACAUGUCUCUGAUGCUGCCUGGCUGGCACAGACAACAGACCUCACACAAGGACGUCCUUGGGGCAGCUGCUGCUUCUGGCCCUUCUGCAAAGCUGCCAACUCUACUCACCCAGCGUACGGGCCAAGCACCGUUUGAAGUGGACAAGUUGAGUGACCAUGACAAUGAUGAGGCAGCUGUCGGAGGAGAAGACAAAGGGGCGCCAGGGGGUCAAGCGGUCAAAGUAUCAUCUGUCAGGCCGGCCAGUCCGGCUAACAAUGCCAGGAGAACAUCUAGUCUGGGCUCAAACCAGCAACAAGCCUAUGAUUUCUCCACUAAGAUUAACUGUCCCCAGCUACGGUGGCAAAUCUCCAGUGCUGUGACCACACAACAUCUACUGAGUGUUAUCUCUGUGGCCAACACACUAAUGGGCAUGAGUCGGGCUGCUUUUCUGCCAGAGAUGCAAGUUCCUAUGCACAGAUCAAGGAAAGAAACAGUAAGUUCAAACCAUGGCAUGGUGCUGCGGGAGACAGACAGUCCAGAGAGUGUGACAUCGAGUGAAGAUACCUCCUCUGACGCUCAAGCUACGAUUCAGGCUCAGGUAAAACAAGGCUGGAGUCUGCUGGCGGCGCUGCACUGUGUUCUGCUGCCAGAGCUGGUGGGCCCCACAAUCUACCAGUGUCCUCAGCUAGAGAUGUUGGCAAGACGCUGGCAGGAUAGAUGUUUGGAGAUCCGUGAGGCAGCCCAAGCGUUGCUAUUAGCCGAGCUACGACGUAUCAACCCCGAGGGGCGUAAGGUCCUACUGGACAAGUGGGCUCCCUUCCUCCCCUCCUAUGUGGACCCAGAACUUUCUCUUCUCAGCAACAUGGGAGGACAUCAUGAGGCAGUGGAGGAAGAUGAUGAUGAAGAAGAUGGAAUUUUGGCUGGUGACAUUCCAGCCCACAAGCUGUCCGUGUCGUUUGAGAGUCGCCGUAAACAAGCCACGGCCAUUGUGAUGUUGGGCGUGAUUGGGGCAGAGUUUGGCCAGGAGAUGGAACCUAGUAGGACCAAGGCUUCCGAGGAGCAGAAGAAGGUCAAGGUCAAGGGAUCGGUGGAGGGAUUCAGCCUCACCAACUACUCCCUCGCCAGGCAUACCAGCAAGGCCUUGACCUUCCUGUUGCUCCAGCCCCCCAGCCCUCGUCUACCCCUGCACACACCCAUUCGACGAGCAGCCAUUGAUCUGAUUGGUCGAGGCUUUACGGUGUGGGAGCCCUACUUGGAUGUGUCAGCCGUACUUCUAGGUUUAUUGGAGCUGAGCAUCGACUCAAACAAACUUAUACCCAGCACAACGUAUGGACUACCUCUGUCCCCCGCGGCUGAUGCCUGUAGGUCAGCACGCCACGCCCUCUCGCUCAUUGCCACUGCGCGACCCCCUGCCUUCAUCAUCACGAUGGCCAAGGAAGUGGCGCGCUUCAACGCAUUGGCUCAGAACGCGCAGUCACAGAGUGCACAUCUACAGAACAUCAUUCUGGCGCGUGCGUCAGCAGAAAUUCUUCAUAUCGUUGAGCUACUGGUGGAGAAGAUUCCUAAUGAUGUCGCAGAUCUCAUAGUGGAGGCCAUGGAUGUCAGCAUGUUCUGCCUGGAUUUGGCAGCUCUAAAGACCAAAGGAUUACCAGAGCUGUUCCCAGCCAUAUGCAGGUUCAGCAUGGUAGCGUAUUGUCAUCAGACCAAGAGGGUCUGGGUCGGAGCCAGGAACGGGCAUUUGGCUCUGUACGAGAUGAAACAACAUUCCAGGUGUCAGAUGCUGCCUGCCCACCAGGGGCCGAUUACAGCCGUGGCCGUCAACCAAGACGGGAAAUAUUUGGCCACCUUCUCGCACAUGGAUCACAAGCUGCGCUUUUGGCAGACUGCGUCCUCCUCUCUGUUUGGCAUCGGGUCUCAGCAGACCAAACUUGUGCGCACCCACAACACCCCGGCCAUCUCCGUGUCCCCCAUCAGCAACAUCCUCAAGCUGGUCAGGCUGGUCUGGGUUGACAAAACGACCGUCGUGUUGCUGACCGUGGAUGGACAGGAGCUGAAGUAUUCCGUGCACUGAGCUGAGUGGAAGGUUUGGGAUGAAAUAUUCUGUGCACUGAGGCGAGUAGAAGGUGAAGAGUGGGUCGGGGAGUGGAUGGGCAUGAGUUGAGGGAAAGUUGGGGGGAGGGGGGGAGUGGAUGGGCAUGAGCUGAAAUAUUCUGUAUGCUGAGCUGAGUGGAACGGGGGGGGAGGGGGGGUGAAAUAUUCCGUGCACUGAGCUGAGUAGAAGGUGAAAAGUGGGUCGGGGAGUGGAUGGGCAUGAGCUGAAGUAUUCUGUACGCUGAGCUCAGUGGAAGGUGGGUGGACAGAGCUGAAGUAUUCUGCGCACUGAGCUCAGUGGAAGGGGGGGAGGGGGAGCGAAAGAAAGAUGGUGGUUGCACAUGAGCGCUGAAAUAUUCUGUACACUGGGCUGAAUGGAAGACGAAGAGGAGGUGUGAAAAGUGCGGGAAGGGGGGAAAAGAUAUAAUGGAUGUACAUGAGUUGAUAAUAUUCUGUACACUGAGUGGGGGUGGGGUGUUUGGCAUAGAUGACAGACAGAGGCUGAAAAUUUUUGUCAACUGGAGUGCGGUGUGUGUGUGUGGGGGGGGGGGGGGGGGGGGUAUAUUUCUUUUGCUUUUUUUUUUUAGUUUUACUGAUGGGCUGUACAAGAAAAUGGAUUUAUUUUUCUUAUUCACUACUGGAGUAUAUUCUAUUUUGAAAUUUUUGGCCCUUUAAUAAGUAACAACUUAUGGCUACCUGUAAAACUGACAAAAUUGGAGUAAGAGCUUUUUCAACAGCUGCUCCCUCAGCAUGAAAUUCCCUCCCAUCGCUUUUAAUAGAGGCACCUUCUUUGAUCGCUUUUAAAUCUUGUCUAAAAACACAUAAAUUUAAAUCCCAUUUGACUAACUAGUUUCAUUCUCCUUCCAGCAACAAGUGUGAUCGGGAGUCACUAUGAUUGUCUUUUUGUAUGUGUUGUCAGAUUACAGGUGUAUAUAUUAUAUUUGAAAGGGUCGGUUUGCAUGAAAGUUUGAUUUAAAUCGUGUUUUAUUGUGAAGCACCUAGAGCCAACAUGGGGUGGGUGCUAUACAGGUGCUCGUUAUUAUUAUUAAUUAUUAUUAUUAUUUGUAUAAUGUGCAUGUAUUUUAGAAUGGCGUGGACAGCUGACCUGAGGGUGGACUAGCGGGGACAUUUGUAGAGGUUUUCUCACUGAUUCUAGAGCUGCUGUGUAGAUGAUAAUCAAUGGUGUGAGUACCUACGGUGGGAGAAUUUGGUUGUGAAAAACUCAUCUUACUAUAAUUUCAUUGACAAUGUUUCUUGCAUCAUGCAGGCAUGGUUUUUCUGACAACUGAUGUGAUCAAUAUGAGAACAUUCCCACUGGGAGGUUCUGAUGUCCUUCCCCCCCCGCAUAUGCUCACUUUACAUUCCUCACUUGAUACUAGUGAUGUCGCUCCCACCCUUCUUUUUCCUUUUUUUUGGGGGGGGGGGGGGGGGGGGGCUUUCUUCCUCUCCAUACCAAUCCCUUCACUGUUGUUUGUCUGUUUCAUGAAGCAGUGUCAAUGACAAAAUUUGAAGCUAUAGCUUUGCAUUGGGGAAAUCCUGUGGGAGAAACAAAUAUCAAAUCUGACUGGGUUGGACUGAGUCUAGCACUCUAUUUUUUUACUAGCCCGCUCCAGUUUGGUUGAACAGGAAAGAAUUAAAAUUAAAGAGUGGAGUUCUGAGACUGGUAGGAAACUGUGUUGGGAAGAGCAUUUGCCUACGAUUUUUUUUUCUGUAAAGGGGUGAGUUUUGUGCGUGCAAAGCUAUAUUUUCUGUGAGACUUUUUUUUUCUUCUGUUUGUAAUAUUGUUUGUUCCUGCUACAUUACAUCUUACAGCGUGCGACAGCUUCUUCCUGAAAUGUGAUAAAAAUUGCGAACUGAGCGCUAUCUUGUUCUAACUCCAAUUUCUAACUUGGGGAAGUUUUUGGCACAGCUGUCAAGCCUGUUGAAAAAUACUCCCUUUGGCUUUGAACCCAAAUGGAUAAUGUCUGUGUUCCAUGCACAGAAUUUUAGUUUCAUUUUGUACAGAGUCCCAUUUUCAUGACUGAAAUUCAAUGCGUUCAAAGUGAUUUACAUCAAAACCAGGUUAAAAUCGAGUUAAUACAAGACAGCUCCAAGCUUGCAAGAUGUUGGCUUGUGUUGUAUUGUCGCAAGCUGGGAUUUCUUGGAAUUGUUUUGUAUCUGAAUAUUUUACACUGUAGUUUUUUGUCAAUAUUAUGAGUCAUGGUAAAUACUUUCACACACUAGUAAACAGGAUAUAGCUUUUAUUGUCAGUGUAAAGUACUCUAUGGCUUGGUGCUCCUAUUUUAUUGUUUGUUACAUGUGAAGCUGGAAAGCUUUUUGACCACCUAAGGCUUUUCUCUCAAGGUGAAAGUGGUGAGAGAGACUCAAAAUUUGUACAACAAGGGAGCGUUUACUCGCAUGACUAACAGUAAUAACUACACUGGAUUACUACUUUUCAGUAUGGUUGAACCUGUCCAUAACAACUCUCCAUUGUCAAGGAGAAAACAGGUCAUCUUAAUGUUGUGGACAGAGUCAUUAUAGUAUAGAAUAAACACAAUUGGGGAGUGGCCGUUAGUACAGGUGAUUGUCUUAUACAAGUGGCCGUUAGAACAGGUUCUACUGUAUGUCUUCUUUUAGUCCUACAUGUAUUUCCCCCUUAAUUUUCAGAUCAUAUUGAUGGUACUAAGUAGAUUUCUUCAUUAUACUUUCAUUCUUUGAACGUACUAGUCAGGAAAUUUUGUGUAUGUAUUCUGUUACAUGUAUUACAAUAAAAAGUUGAUUUAAUA